UGUGUCAAAACGGACGAUCCGAAGAACCCACCUCUCUCUCUCUCCUCCUAUAAACUAGUGGACUAUUACUACUAUUUCAUUUCUCUUUCCUCAUAUCUUCUCUCUGCACAGUGCAGACUCAGUAAAAUAAUACUCCUACUACUACACACUACAAGAAAUUUUAUUUUAUUCCUGUCCUGUUUUUGCUACCCUUUUCUGCUUUUUGAUUUUUUCAUUCUCAGCUGACGAUUUUUAGAAUUGGGACUCUAAUUUCUGAUCAAUGGACACCAUUUAGACCAUCAGAACUCAUAUAGGGAAAAAAGGGUACAAGAAAAAGACAAAAAACAAAAAGGAGCAUUCCUUGACAGUGUCUGUGUCACAGGGUUGUUGAAACAAACAAUCAUGGCUGUGGUUGAGAAUGCUGGCAUUAACAUUAACGUUGUUGGCUCAUCGAAUCCCGGCAGAAUUGUACAGAAAGAUGCUGCCUUCGAUCAUCAUCAGUCAGUAACAACGAAACAGAACGGCGUGCAGAGAUCAAAGAUGGGUCCCACUGAUCAGAAUUUCCGUAUGGUGCAGCAAGAAACUUCUGUACAGCACAGCAUCAACGGCAAUGGAGUAUUGGUUAAUCAUAAUAUGGUUCAGCAUGAGCAUCAGAAAAUGAACGGUAUUGAUUUAAGGAAUGGAGAUGAUGGUGAGGAAGGGUUUAAGAAGGAGAUGAGGGAUUUGGAGGAAAUGUUUUCCAAAUUGAAUCCCAUGGCUGAAGAGUUUGUGCCACUUUCACUAACUAACCACAGGAUUAUGCCAUUUCCACCUAGUGGUGGUGGAGUGCAAUUUGGCUUUGAUGCUACUAAUAAUUUUGUAAUGCAGUCUAACCAGGGAGUUUCCAAUGCAAAUUCCAACCGAAGGAAGAAGAAUGGCUUUGGUUAUGGGAGGAGAAGGAUGAAUACCCGAACAGGCAUGGCCCAAAGGGAAGAUGUUAUAAGGAGGACGGUUUAUGUGUCCGACAUUGAUCAUCAGGUAACUGAAGAGCAGCUUGCAGCACUCUUUCUUAGUUGUGGACAGGUUGUGGACUGUCGUAUAUGUGGUGACACCAAUUCUGUACUUCGUUUUGCCUUUAUUGAGUUUACAGAUGAAGAAGGUGCAAGGAGUGCUCUGAGUCUUGCAGGAACUAUGCUUGGAUUUUAUCCCGUGAGAGUGCUUCCCUCUAAAACUGCGAUUGCUCCGGUUAAUCCAACCUUUCUUCCAAGGUCUGAAGAUGAAAGAGAGAUGUGUGCCAGAACAGUAUACUGUACAAAUAUUGAUAAGAAGGUUACUCAAGCAGAUGUCAAGCUGUUCUUUGAAUCCUUUUGUGGAGAGGUUCAUCGCUUGAGGUUGCUUGGUGACUAUCAUCAUUCGACUCGUCUAGCUUUUGUUGAGUUUGUCAUGGCGGAGAGUGCAAUUGCAGCACUGAACUGCAGUGGUGCAAUCUUGGGAUCACUUCCCAUAAGGGUAAGCCCAUCGAAGACUCCUGUGCGACCUCGUGCUCCUCGCUCACCAGUGCUAUGAUCAAUCACUUUGGCGAUGCAUUUUCAGUUGAUCUUUUGCUUAUAAGCAUCUCAAAAUAUUUACAUAGAUACAUAUAUUAUUAGAGUAGCUUUUUCGUACUUAAUAUCAGUUGGGAAUCUCUCACCCACGGGUUACUUAUCAGGUUUAUUUAGCUUAUAGAGUUGGCUGGUUUAUGAGGGCGUAAGUAGACUUAAUUUAAGUUGGUAUAUUAUAUUUCUAUAGACAAUGCCUCGAAGUACUAAUACUAGAUGGAUGUUUUUUACAGUUACAUUCGUCAGUAACUUUC